AAUCUAUCAUCAUCAGUAGUUUUCAUGUCGACUGCUUACAAGAAUUAAAAACGGAUUUGCACAUUUGACUUAUCUUGUCUGCUAAUCUUCAAGAACUGCAGCAGAUCGAUCUCAAAUAAUUUCACACCCAUACCCACAUUCAUCUCUAUCUUCUCCUCUCCCCCACCUACUCCUGACCUCUGCAACAAUGGCGGAAAGUAAAGCUUCAUUCAUACUCUUUCUAACCUUCAUCUUCGUCCCCUUCCUACAAUUUGCUGAAUCCAUUGUGCCGCAACAAGAAGUGGAAGCUGUUGUAAGCAUUCUUGCUGCCAUGAAUGCAACAAGUUGGAGGUUUAAUGGCGACAAUUGCAAUCUUGACACCAUUUCCGAAGUCCCAAAGCUAUCUCAAGAAGCUAAUGCUAGCAUCGGAUGCAAUUGCAACAUUGAAAACGAUACAAAUUGUCAUGUCGUAAGGAUCACACACAAGUUUUAUAGUCUUGACGGCGUACUUUCACCUGAACUAGCAAACCUUCCUUUCCUCCGGUCCUUUGAUGUUGCUUACAAUUUCUUACAAGGCACGAUUCCACCUGAAUGGGGUUUAACACAGUUAGAAGAAAUUUCACUUCUUGGCAACCGGUUAACCGGAGAAAUCCCACCAGAACUUGGCAAUAUCACCACUCUCACAAGACUGGACCUUGAAGCAAACAAACUUUCAGGAACCAUUCCACCAGAUUUAGGGAGAUUAAUCAAUUUGCAAUCUUUGAUCUUAUCCUCAAAUCAGUUGACUGGGAGGCUUCCAAUCGCGCUUGGUCAACUAGGAAAUCUAACAAAUUUUAGGAUAAAUGAAAACAACUUCAGUGGAUCGAUACCCGAUUUUAUACAAAAUUGGAGACUACUUUCUAGAUUAGAGAUUGUGGCGAGUGGACUCAUGGGACCUAUUCCUUCAAACAUAUCUUUUCUCGAGAACCUAAAUGACCUGAGAAUUAGUGACAUAAGUGGUCCAACUCAGAGAUUUCCUCCCCUUGAAAAUGCCACGGGAUUAAUAAGAUUGAUCUUGAGAAAUUGCAAUCUUUCUGGGGAAUUACCCGAUUAUAUUUGGCAAGUGAGAGAACUCGAAUUGUUGGAUACAAGUUUUAACAACUUAGUAGGGAGGAUAUCUAACAACAUCCUCGGGAGAAGCAUUCGUUUAGUGUUUUUAACAGGUAACAUGCUAAGUGGAGACAUACCGGAUGCAUUGUUGGUAAAUGGGGCUGCUAUUGAUCUUUCCUACAACAAUUUUACAUGGCAAGGACCUAAUCAACCCACAUGUCGACAAAACACGAAUAUAUACUUAAACUUGUUUAGAAGCUCUUCAACUGGAAACCCGAUACAGGAUGUCCUUCCAUGCAACCAGGAUACCAAGUGUCCGACAUAUGCUUGUUCGGUGCACGUUAAUUGUGGUGGGAAUGAUGUGACUGUUAGAGAAAGUAACGGUCGAUCGGUUUUUUACAAAGGAGAUGCUGACGUGGAUGGUGGUGCAGCAAAAUUAUAUGAAAGUGACAAGAAUUGGGGAUUUAGUAGUACCGGAGACUUCAUGGAUGACAAUAUUUUUCAAAACACUCGAUAUGUAGAUUCUUUGCAGGGGAACACAAGCUUAUCAACAUUGUACACAACCGCACGUUUCUCGCCACUUACACUCACUUACUUCGGUUAUUGUUUGGAAAACGGGGAGUAUUUGGUCAAUUUGCACUUUGCGGAGAUCAUAUUCACUAAUGAUAGCACGUAUAGAAGUCUUGGUCGUCGGAUAUUUGAUAUUUAUAUUCAGGGACGGCGUGUUAGAAGGAAUUUUAAUAUUGAAGAUGAGGCCGGUGGGGUUGAAAUGCCGGUGGUUGUACCGUUCAAUGUUAGUGUGACCGAUAACAUUUUAGAGAUACGGUUUUAUUGGGCGGGUAAAGGGACGACCCGUUUUCCUACAAGAGGAGUCUAUGGACCUCUUGUAUCAGCUAUAGAUGUUAACCCAUACUUUAAAACUUGCUCAAUGGGUGGAAAAAAGACGAAAAAGGACGUUUAUAUUGGUGUUGGGAUUGGUGUUCCGUGUCUUGUAUUGUUAAUCUUGGUCAUUUUGUGGUGGAGAAAAAGUUUUAAAGGCCGAAGAACUAAUGAAAAAGAUUUUGAAGGAAUGGAGUUCAACACCAUUUCGUUUUCGUUCAAACAACUAAAAUCAGCUACGGACAACUUUAACCCUUCUAACAAAAUCGGGGAAGGAGGUUUCGGAGCGGUUUACAAGGGUACAUUGAGUGAUGGCACUGUGAUUGCAGUGAAGCAGCUUUCAGCUCAAUCAAGGCAAGGAAACCGUGAGUUCUUGAAUGAGAUUGGUGUGAUUUCGUGCUUACAACAUCCAAAUCUUGUUAAACUCCAUGGAUGUUGCAUUGAAGGAGACCAGUUGUUGCUUGUUUAUGAGUACUUAGAAAACAACAGCCUCGCAAACGCUUUGUUUGAUUUGGGUAAAAAUCGAUUGAUGUUGGAUUGGGCAACGAGGUUCAAGAUAUGUAUUGGAAUUGCUCGAGGUUUAGCUUUUCUUCACGAAGAAUCAAGGAUCAAAAUUGUGCAUCGAGACAUCAAAGCAACAAACAUUUUGCUUGAUAAAGAUCUAAACCCUAAAAUAUCAGAUUUUGGAUUGGCAAGGUUAAAUGAGGAUGAAAAGACUCACGUUAGCACCAGAGUUGCUGGAACAAUAGGAUACAUGGCACCUGAGUAUGCACUCUGGGGUUACUUGAGCGAUAAAGCAGAUGUUUACAGCUUCGGAGUUCUAGCGUUAGAAAUCGUCAGCGGCAAGAACAACAACAGUUACGUUCCAACAAACGAUUGCAUUUGUCUUCUAGAUUGGGCUUGUCGAUUGGAAACGAGUAAACACUAUGAAGAGCUUUUUGACGAGAGAUUGGAGUCGAGGAUUAACAGAGAAGAAGCGGAAACCAUGGUGAAAGUUGCGCUUUUGUGCACGAACGGUUCUCCGUCGAUGAGGCCGACGAUGACGGAGGUUGUAAGUAUGCUCGACGGGAAAACUUGUGUGCCGGAGAUAAUUCCGGAGUCAAACGGUUACUCCGAAGAUCUGAGAUUCAAAGCGAUGAGAGACUUUCGGCGUGAGAGGCAAGGUCAACAUAGUUACAACAGUGGUCAAACUCAGAAUUCUAACACCUUCCAAACAGAUACAAACGAUUCUUUCACACAAUCAUGAUAACUGUGUUGGUGAACAAGAAUUCUGUUGGAAAUUCAAAACAAUUGUAAAAUUACUUUAAUUGUGAAAAUCACAACAUUAUAUGAAUGUAUAUAAAAAAAACCACACCUUA